AUGGCUGGAAUCGCAGCAGGCCGUUUAGCAGAAGAGCGUAAAGCAUGGCGCAAAGAUCACCCAUUUGGAUUCAUAGCAAAGCCAGUGAAAAAUCCCGACGGAACGUUAAACUUGUUCAACUGGGAAUGUGCUAUUCCUGGGAAAAAAGAUACCAUUUGGGAAGGCGGUCUUUAUAAGAUACGAAUGUUAUUCAAAGAUGAUUUUCCAUCAACUCCACCCAAAUGCAAAUUCGAACCGCCUCUGUUUCAUCCCAAUGUUUAUCCUUCUGGAACUGUCUGUUUAUCAUUGUUGGAUGAAAAUAAGGAUUGGAAACCGUCAAUUACAAUCAAGCAGCUUCUCAUAGGAAUACAGGAUCUACUUAACAACCCUAAUCCCGACGACCCUGCUCAGGCAGAAGCAUACCAGAUCUUUUGUCAAAACAGGGCGGAAUACGAAAAGCGUGUUCGUCGAGAAGCUGCGAAGUUUUCAGCAGAAGUCGUUCAGAAGCAAAUGCUUGGAUAG